AUUAUUUACUUGGCCUUGUUUCUUUGUAGGCAGUGAUAGAAAAUACCAGAGCAAAUGAUAUACACAAGCGAGUUCCCUUUUUAGUACCGUUUACUAGCAGGGUUAAGAUUUUCACUACACAACUAGCAGCAGCUAGGCAAAGGAAUGGAUCUCUUGCUGUUUUUGCCAGAAACCGGUUUAGAAUUCGACGAAAUCAUAUAUUGGAAGAUGCUUUCAGUCAGAUGAGUGCAUUGUCUGAAGUUGAUCUUCGAGGAUCGAUACGUGUGUCUUUUGUUAAUGAAUUUGGAGUUGAGGAGGCAGGAAUUGAUGGUGGUGGUAUUUUUAAAGAUGUCAUGGAGAACAUUACACGGGCAGCCUUUGACGUGCAGUAUGGUUUAUUUAAGCAAAUUGCUGACCAUUUGCUCUACCCCAAUCCUGGUUCGGGAAUGAUACAUGAGCAACAUCUCCAGUUUUUCCAUUUCCUCGAAGUUCUUUUGGCAAAGGUCAUGUUUGAAGGAAUUCUUGUUGAUAUACUUUUUGCAACAUUCUUCUUGAGCAAGUUAAAACAGAAAUCGGAAUGAUGUUGCUCAUCUGAAAGUAGGCAACAUCAUGUGCUUGAAGACUUGUAGAGUAUGGAGAGUGAAUGGUCAAAUUUGAGGAAUCAUAUCUGCUGGCUUUGUAGUCCAAA